AUGCUGCUCGCCGUCCGGCAGCCAGCUCCUUAUGCAAAUGGGGCAGAAUGGAAUGCGAUUGACUGGUCGCGACAAUUGGUCUGCAGGCUCUAUGUAGUGGAUCUGAACGGCGGCCAACGCCGUAAGCUCAUCCAGGUGAAGAACAUAGGUGACACCGCGCUGUUUCUCAGCCGCGACCGAUGCCUGUCAGUCUCAGCCAGGGACCUCCCUUCCUUGAGCAGCAACUCCAUUUACCUCAGUCUACCAUCAGACCCCAUUGUGGCGCAUUCGCUGGGCACUGGUUUGUCCGAGCGAUUGGCAGACUCCUGCCAGAUACACGACAGGACAGAGAGGAUCCGCCCCUCUGUGCAUCCCUUCACCAUUGUUGAUCAUCUUAUCACGUACUGCAAUCCUCGCGUGUGGAGUAAAGGGCUCAUGUUCCACGAGUACCACUAUAUACCUCAAUCUUUCGAGGAAUUGAUCAAGAAAAUAAGGGCACAAGAGAGGGAACUGCGGAUUCCACGCGCUGUGCAUUCGUGCUGA